AUCAUGCCCAGCGUUCGGUCAGUGUCGGGCCAUCGCAGCGGCCCAGUCCCCGUGGAAAGGCGCCGGCAGGACGAGGCAUGAGCGUUGAUCGCGGUUUGGCUACCCAGCCCGCUAUGCGCGCGCCAGGCUCGACCCCAUCCCCCGAGCUUCGACGACCAGCAAGUCGGAAUUCCGUCAAUUUCUCCUAUCCGAUGAACUCUCGGCCAAAUUCCCCGGACGGGUCUCCCAAUGCACUGGAUAGGCGCGAUGCUUCCACGAGCAUCUCACUAGCGGGUCAGCUAUCCUCGCCCGAAUCUCCCAAAGUCAAGAAUUCUAGUCCUCGAUCGGUCCGAACGACAAAGAGCAUGGGCGUUACCCCGGGCAGUCCUAGUCGAGGCCCGCAGUCCUCCGGCACUGCAGUGGCCGCUGCGCAGGCGGCGGUGGUGCCUCGGGUGCAAGAUGUCACUCAUACCCAACCCCCAGUUUCUGCGGCCCCUCGCAUCGCUGCCCCUCGCGAGCAGACAGCCCCCGACCAGGCCCCUAGCCAGCCUGCUGCACCCUCAGAACACAAGCAGCUAGUCCGCCCACAUCUAGUAAAACGACCAUCCACGGUCGCUGAAGAUGCUCAAGGCGAAGAACGUGCCGAGUCAGGUGUCCCAAAGCAGCGGCCUAUUCCACCUCGAGGGGGCAGUGUGACGCCGGAUGCCCAACCGACGGUCGCAUUUCCUCCCACUCCCGAUAGAAGCAAGGAUCAAUUACUCAGCCCACCCAUAAGUCCCAAGGUGCCCACACAACCCACUGAGGCUGGUCCGGACAGUCAGCCGUCAGACAUUCGCCAGUCAGGUAGCCCGGGCAGAUCGGCGCACUUUUCCCGUCACUUGCUGGUGGCAGCCUUGGCCGGCGAGCAGCUGCACCAACCUCCCCCUCGGUCACUGUCCCCUGCCAAAUCAGCCAUGAAGACUCCACGCAAGACUUCGCUUUCUCCGGAGGGCCAAACCGAGUCCGUCCUCCGGCCAGGACCGCCUUUGAGCGAGUUAUCUGACGGGACCUCGGUAGCCUCCGACGAAGGGACUAAGCAAGGGAUCCGAAGGAAGCCAAUCAAGGUCAGUUUUGAUGACGAGGCGGAGGUGGUCGGAGUUGCUGCAAGUCCUCCAACGUCGCCGGAACAAACGUCUCCUGAGCCGCUCCCCGAGAAGCCCAAACCGAAGAGCCAUUGGUUCGGUGGGAAGAAGAAACCGACUCCGCUGAACACAGAGUUUGACGAAGUGUUGAAGCCGCGCCGAGCUCUCCCGUCGUUUGGCAGUAUACGAGCCAGUCGGGACGGUGAGGCGCAAGAGAAAUCCGUGCCUGAAUUGAGCGACAACGAUUCGACGACAUCGUCUGACUCGCCUGCGGAAGCAUUGAGGUGGUCGUUCUCAGACGACCACGCAAUUGGGGGCCUUCUGACUGAACAGCAAUCGAAGGACUCAGAGCCCCGCGUGGCGCCGCUUAUGCUCGCGAACGCAGCCGAAAGCGAAUCUGAGGCAGAGAAAUCGCCGCAGGAGAGUCAUUCUGCUGGUCAAGCGAAUCAGCCAGAAUUCCCGGCAGGAACGGCUGAUGUUUCAUCUCAUGCUGGGCAGGAGCGUACCGCAGAGACAACUUUGGCAGUACCCAAUAUUAUGGUGCAGCCGGCGUCUCCCGUGUUUGAGAAGGAGCGUCGGAGCCUCGAGUGGUAUGAAGUUCCUGGUGGUUUUCCUCGCUCGUCAUUGGAGUUCGACCCCAACGCCCAUGGUAAGAUGAAGGCGAAGGAGAAUUCUACGGAUGCUACCAACAAUGCCACCAUAGGCCCUUCCGAUGACGAAAGCGGUGACGAGUCGGGCGACAGUAUCUACAGUGAUGCUGAGGAGGGAACCGAAGGGAACGGCUUCGGGUCGAUCAAUGCCAUCGUGGACGACGAAACAGCGGCGACUCCGGCUUCCACGAGCACGGCCAAAAUACCUGCGGAGACUGGUACCAACACAGGGAGGUCUCACUCGCCAUCUACCGACUGGCCAGAUAUCCCUCAGACCUGUCAAAUUGCACACACGGUGACUACCUUCCCGGAUAAGGUUAUGGAACCGAUCCCAGAGUCCCCAGGAUCUUCCCACGAGCCCCUUCCGUUUUCGUCACCUUAUCCACCGUUUCCGACCCAGCCCAAGAACAGACGAAGCUCACCGCAAGCCGAUAUUUCACGUUCCUCUUCAGUCACUGUGCGUCCAGCCAGACAAUCCAUGCUGGUGGGAAGCAGCGACACAAUGCCUGGUGACAAGGCACCGCGUGGUGUAAAUGAGUCAGCUGUAAAUGGGCAGUUGGCAUCCCAGCCUGAGCCCUCUAAUAUACGCCAGCGGCCGACUCCAAACAAUUCCCGGAGACGACCAGUUUCAUGGAGCCCAGCUCUUGCCGAAGGCGGCUCUCAGGACCUGAGCCGUACGCCGCACAUCAACGGCAAGUCUUCCCCGGCGUCACCAAGACCCCUAUCCAGUGGUAGUGAUUCGUCCAGCAGCUUCAAAAGGGCUAGUCGGCCUGCGCGUGCAGAAUCCAACUAUACCAUGCGACGGACCAUGCGGAAUACUCCAGGCCGCUUAGCCCCUAACAGAGCAUCGUCCCCGCCAGUGGAUACCCGCCCGGUGUCUUCCGAAUCUGGGUUUGGCACGAUGCGCACAACCUUACGGGGGAAUGGACCUAAACGUGAGAAGCCCUCGUUGUUCUCCAACAAUAAGGCUCCGAAAUCCAAACUUACAAAGGCGCCGGGCGGUGGUUUCGCCUCCCGGUUUCCUGACUCGGACUCGGACGAUGAGGGGUACGAGGCCUGGAGGUCACGGCAUCGGUACGAGGAUUCCAGUGAUGAUGAACAGCGGAGCCCGAAUGCCAUGCGACCCGUCCGGGGCAUUCCUCGUCGGCAGGGCACGCACGACGGUGAUUCGACAGAACUGGAAGAUAGUUCCGAUGAGGAGCAUCGUGCACCCCCGCUAGCCAAUCCGCAGUCCCCAGCAAAGUCGAGCACAUCUCGGGACCCUGCGCUAGCCGUUGUGGCUAAGAAUCGCGGGAUGACGGAAGACGAGCUGGAGGAAUUUCUUCGCCAACCUAAUCGGGGCCGAAAGCCUGGCCUUUUUAAGCGCUUCAGCAUGCGAAAGUCGAAGUCUCCCUUGGAUAGAGGCUUAGUAAAAUCUGCGGUGGACAGUCCCGCACGCAAUGGAGGGCCUCCAGAGCGGCCUCGGCCGGAUCAUGAACAAACCCGAGGGGAGUCUCCGUUUCCUGGGGCUGAGUCGAACAUUGUGACCACCAUCACGGCGACUAAUCCGCCCCCGCCCCCAUCCAAGCUACUUCGUCGGCCUUCCCAGCGGUCUUCUCGCAGCGACAACUGGCCAUUGCGCUCCGAUCGAAAGGAAACUCGAACGGGCUCACCCCUUCCUGCUACUAGCCCAUCAGAGCGACUGGCCACGGUCGAUGAAACUUCUCAAAGCGGCAGUAUGGUCGUUGCACCUACACAGGGAUCUGUCAAAGAGAACGUAGACCCUUCGACUGGAACGACUGGAGACAAGAGUGAGGGACGGCCGACCAACGUGGCGGACGUACCGAUCUCGUCCUCAGGACGCAAGAAACGGUUUCCCCGACUCCGGAAGGCGUUCGGCCUGCGCGGCUGAAGCGAACCGGACAUUCCCUUCUCAUAUAUAUAUAUACAUACGAUCUAAUACCUGGUCUUGUUGACUUCAUCUUGUCAUUUUCUUCUCUUCCAUGUCUGUGUUGGAAAUAUGUGUUGUAAUAGCUUGUUGAUUUGUUACGAUCUGACUUAAUUUAUAAUCAUGGCGAAUGCCGGCCAUCGCGGAUGAAGUCUGGGGAUGGACAGCGACACGGCGCAAUUGGAGGCAAGAAAAGUCGGGGCAGAUGGGUUGAUAAGGCCUUACGAGAAUACGGAUUACUCGGCGCUCAGAGAUGGGGCAUUGUUUGAACAUUUGGGAUUUCAUUUUGGACUUGAUUGAUACCCUCGUUUAGGUUGCCAUUUCGGCCGGAGGCAACAGGCCGUGGCCAACAACUUACAUAAUCAAUAUUUAUGAGAGACCUACACUACGUUUCUCUUUGUCUUGCACUCUUAUCAUUGUAGAUUUGCAUCUUCCUUCUGUUGGAGCUCCAAGGCGGUG